UUUGCAUUACGAUAUUCUAGCCAUUAUAUUUUAAUGCUCACUGUAUUCACCUUAAAAUAUAUAAUAAAUUAUGUAUUCACACGUAUUCUUGUGCAACAGUGCGAAGUGCACGAACUGUCAGACGUAUACGUAUGGGGUAAACAUUUCUUGGACAUAGCCGACGCCAAAAAAAAAACGAGAUUCGAACCGAGAAAAUAUGAAUCGCAAUGCACGGUGAAAACGCAGAAAGUUAUGGGUCUUUUGACUUCGAAUUGGAUCAAAAAUUGUUUUACGCCACAGUUUGAAGCAGUACAGACGGUAAGGACCUACAAACAUUGUGUUAUAUCGGCGGUGUGCCAUCACAUAAUCGACUGGUGUCGGGGAACGGGUGACAGGACAGUGUGCAUGAUGAUUGUUGUACAUCGACCAGGACACAUCAACGACGGCGUUUUCUCGUCAUACCCGGUGGUCAUCAGCGAGUCCGGAAAAAUGUCAUUCCGCAACAUUGAAACGAAUUCACAACAAUUUGUAAAAUUGUACAGAUAUCUGGAAACUCGACAAAAAGAAAGGUGCUUUAUUCGCAACUACAUCAAGUACAAGGGUUGAAAAACUACCUACCGUUAAAUACACAUAAUGUGUAAAUAUGACCCAUAUUGUAAUCUCGCGUAUUGUUCGUUAUAAUCGUAAAAAUAUUGUUUGGACUUCGUUCUAAAAACUGUUUUCAAUCCUUUGACAGUUUUUUGCAAAAUUGUUACUCGACGGUAACUGCCGUAAACUAUGUAGCUUAGUCUGGAAAUUCGCUCGGAAAUCUUUCCAGUACAAAAUUCAAUAAAAGUAAAAUUUCUAUUGAAAGGCAAUCAACAGGUAUGCCACCAAUACCUAAGUUCGAAAAAAAGUAACAUUAAAAACAUCUAAAACAACAUCUAAAUUCUUUUCCUAUCAACGUGUAGAUCCACAUUUAAAUAAAUAUUAUAGCACUGCAGUUUGAGGCGUCAAAAUAAGCUCCUUUCUUUUAAAAAACUAAGUAACAUAAACGUCGAUCUAAAAACGGUUUUAAAUCCCUUUGACAGUUAAAACUAACAUAUUUGAA